GAUUAUUCGCUUCUUGAAGAAAUCUUCGGUGACAUUGAAUGCCUUAACCGUCAACUUAUAGACGCCGAAAAACAACUUUCUCGAUUUUUUAAGAUUUUAUCUAUUAAACGGGAAAACAAUUUUUGCGAUCUCCAGUGGUGCCAUUGCCAAGUGGAGCACCUUAUUGAAAGGAGGGCAAAGUUAUUAGCGGACAUCCAACAGUUAUCCGUAGGGAGCUUCCAGUAAAAAUAUUGAAGAGUUCAGAUUUUGGGGGAUCAUUAAGCCGGUGUGCCAACUGCUUAUUUAAAAAAGGAGAUCAAGCUCGUUUAUAAGGAAUCAAAAAUGUUUAUGUGUGAAAAAUGUAAUAAAUCAUUCGCUACUAAUAGCAAUCUUCGACGCCAUCUCAAAAAGUCAUGUAGAGCUCAAGAACCAUCUCCAAAGAAGCUCAAAGUUGCACACGAUACCCAGAGAUUUUGCGAUGUGUGUUCGGAGCACGUUUCAAGCCGAGAUUAUGUUGGACAUUUGCGAAGUGUCAAACAUAAAAAUAAUUCCCUUGCGUUUUCAACUGAAGGUGUUCAAGUAAUUACGUCAGCCUUCAAAUCUCGCAUUGUAAGCUACAGAAUAUCAGCGAAUACACAAUACAUUAAUCUGAAGGAAUUUGUCGAAUCGUUGGCUGACGUAAUAAAAAAAUUAGUUCGUGAGCAAAUUGAUAUCAUGGGUAGCGUUAAGGUGAACUGCGAGCUGUUUGGUUAUUUUAUUUUGGAAUCGAAGGAUCGAGGAGAAGUUAAGUCUUUUAAUACUCGUAACCAAGUAUUGACGAUAAGUUCCGACUUAAGUGAAUGGUUUAAGGAUAUCAUCGAAAAACUGGAAGUUGACGCAACGGAAUUUGAACAUCGCGAGUCAGGAUGGGCUCUUCAGCACUGGUUAUAUAUGGAAGUCAAAGAAAAAUUAAUCUUGCCACAAAUUGUGGGAUUUGUGAGAAACCUUUUGUUGAGGGAGAUGUAAAAGUGAUCGACCACGACCAUCAGACUUCUUUCGUCAGGGCCGGAUUAUGUCAUUCUAUAUGUAAUUUACAGCUUCAAACCCCAAAUUUUAUCCCUGUAUUUUUCCACAAUUUGACCGGGUACGACAGCCAUCUUUUCGUUAAAUCCCUGGCUUUAGAGAAUGAAAAUAUAGACGUUAUUGCCGGAAAUAAGGAAAAAUACAUUUCUUUUUCGAAGCAUAUUGUAGUAGAUCAAAUCGUGGAGAACGGAGUUCCAAAAAACCUAAUAUGGAGAAUACGUUUCGUCGAUAGUUUUCGUUUUCUGGCCAGUUCAUUAAAUGUUCUUGCUAAAAAUUUGAGUGAUAGCGAGUGCACUGAAAUUACAAAAUUUUUUGGAUCUGGACGUGAAUUUGAAUUAAUUCGACAAAAAGGUGUUUUUCCGUAUUCGUUUGUAGACUCAUACGAUAAGCUUAAUCUAACUACGAUCCCCAAUAAAAGCGAUUUCUUUGAUAUGUUGCACGAGCAGGACAUUACCGAUGAAGAAUACAGACGUGCUCAGGAAGUUUGGAAUUUAUUUAAUUGCCAGACGUUGGGCGAAUACUCGGACAUUUAUUUAAAAUCUGACGUGCUUUUAUUUGCCGAUAUAUUUGAAAACUACAGAGGCGUGUGUUUACGCGAGUACGAAAUUGACGCUGCCCAAUAUCUGACCGGUCCUAGCCUUAGCUGGGACGCUAUGUUAAAAAAGACGGAUGUGGAAUUAGAAUUACUGACAGAUAUUGACAUGCUUCAUUUUUUUAAACGUGGUAUUCGAGGCGGCGUCAGUACGUGCACCAAACGCAAAGCAAUCGCUAACAAUAAAUUUCUUCCCAAUUACGAUCCUUCCAAACCAAGCUCUUUUAUUAUUUAUCUGGAUGCAUGCAAUCUUUAUGGCCAUUCCCAAACACAAUUUCUCCCACAAAGUGACUUUGCUUGGCUCACACCCGAAGAAAUUCAAAAUUUUAAUGUUUUCGAAAUAUCAGAUGAGUCACCGAUCGGGUAUGUCUUAGAAGUUGAUCUACUGUACCCUGAGGCCCUCCACAAUUUGCAAAAUGACAUGCCCUAUUGCCCCGAAUCUAUAACCCCGCCAAAUUCAAGGUCAAAGUAUAAGAAACUAAUUCCAAAUUUAAAUCAUAAGGAAAAAUACGUUUUACAUUAUAGAAUGCUAAGACAAUGCCUGCAACACGGAUUAAUUUUAAAAAAUAUUCAUCGCGGGGUUAAAUUUAUGCAAUCGCCUUGGUUAAAAUCAUAUAUUGAUCUAAAUACGCAACUGCGUAAUCGUGAAACUAGCGAAUCGGGCCGUGACACUAUAAAAACUAUGAAUAACAGCAUUUAUGGUAAAACUAUGGAAAACGUUGACAAACGAGUUAACGUUGCACUUGUAAGUCACUGGGAGAGGAUCGGUAAGAAGCCUGGAGCUGAGGGGCACAUAUCUAAACCAAAUUUUAAAAAUUUAUCGGUGUUCUCUGAAAAUCUCGUGGCAAUUGAAAUGUCCAAAGUAUCCGUAAAGUACAACAAACCGGUGUAUGUUGGUUUUUCAAUUUUAGAUUUAUCCAAAACAGUUAUGUACGAGUUCUUUUACGAUUUUCUAAAACCAUUAUAUCAAGAUAAAGUAUCUUUGUUGUAUACAGACACCAAUUCCCUUAUAUUGGAGAUUUUUACUAAUAAUUUCUAUGAUGACAUGAAAUUAUAUUUGGAUAGAUAUGACACAUCUAAAUUUCCCCUUGAUAAUGUACACGGUAUUCCACGCCACAUUUCAGUUGUGAGGAAGAUGAAAGAUGAAUAUUGCGGUGUCCCCAUCGCUAGUUUUUACGGUGCAGGUGCAAAGUCAUACUGUGUCAAUGUAGGUGAUCGUGUAGAUAAGAAAGCUAAAGGGGUAAAAAAGUAUGUAAUAAAGAACGGCUUAAAAGAGGAAGAUUAUAAGAAAGUAGUCGAAGAAGGUGGCGUGAUUAUGAAGCAGAUGAGCGGUUUUCGAUCUCACUUGCACACCAUGUACACAGAAAUGACAAACAAAAUAGCCUUAUCAUCAACGGACGACAAAAGAUUCAUUAUCCCUGGCACCUGCAGAACAUUGGCAUGGAGACAUCGCGAUAUUAACGCAAUUCAAAGUUUGGAAGAUUUUCUUAAUUCUUUGUAAUCAUCAAUAACAAGCUAAGUUAUUUAAAAUGUUUAUUUAAAAUGUUUACAAUACCAUGUGCCAUAAUUACAAUAAAAAAAAUAAAUCGCAUUGUUUUAUUAAAUAAGAUGAGCGCCCGGACUACAACCACAAACGCAGUAGGUCUUCUCUGUUUCAUUAAUCUUCAAGCAGGCCAUACGAUUUAAUAAUCUUGCAUAUCUGCAACGUGACGACCAACGAAGGUGCUCAGCUAAGGGUACAUCGGAGGCCUCCCACUUAUUAAUGCGCACUUUACAAUAAAAGCAUUCCACCGUAUCGCCGCUAUGCGUGUAGAAAAAUCCAGCAUUAGCAAGUUCAACUGCCGAUGGAACUCCUACCCAUGAAUGAAAUGAUAGGAGUCGAUCUUCAAAGUUGGUAUAAUCAGCUGCGCCGUCUUCUAAACACAUCUUACUUGAAGUACAGCUUUGAAAUGCCAAAAUUUAUAGAAUAUCUUUAUUUAAUACCCAAGAAUUGUGAGAACUGUCAAAUCCUAACCACUUCACUAAGGAUUUCUGGCCCUUUCUUCGAAUUACUCGCUCAACCAAGUGGAUGUCGGGGUACUGCGCUUUUUGUAAUUCUUGUUCGUAAAAUCUUCCUUUUAUUUCUUGAUUUGUACUAUCUUUUAGUAUAUAUGUCGUAGGAUUUGAACGUUUCACUUUAGCAACUGUGAAUGUCUCGUAAGUCCAAUUUGGCGUGUAACCUUUUGCGAAAACGGUUCUGUAUUUACUAAUUCUCACAGAAUCGUCCACUUUAAAUUUAGGUGGUUUUGGGUUAAUCACAUUUAUAUGACUGUAAACUCUCUUCAAAAUACUUGAGGCGUUCUUCUCGUUAACAUCGAUAGGUUUAUAUCCCGUAGUUCGAUGUUUAGUUGAAUUGUAUUUGUCAACUAUUUGAGGUAAAAGUGAUAGCCAUUUGUAGGAACCCUGUAAGCUGAAUUUCUUGAACAUAAUUGACUUAAGCGUUCUGUUAACGCGCUCAACAAUAGAGCUUUUUAGGG